AUGGAUAUAGAGAAUAACUUGGCGCCGUUUGUAGUAACGGCAAUAGCAGUGUUUGCCCUUGCAACACCAUUUCUUGCAGUGUCGGCACCUAAAAACAAAAAUUCAAAAAAUAAGAGAAAGUCGGCUUCUGGAGAUAAAAAGUCGAAUAAUAGCUACGUUUAUGGUUUAUUUAAUCAAGGAAAUAAUAUUUGUUUCCUUAAUGCUGUUUUGCAAAGUCUUGCCUCAUUGAAGAACUUACGUACUUAUCUAAGAAAAAAGCUUGAAUCUACUGCAAAUCAUGAACGACUAGUAACAUACGCUUUAUAUACUACUCUGGAAAAACUUAAUGAACCAAUAACUUCGCAAGAUUCAUUUAAUCCAACAUCUAUAGUUUGGGCUUUACAAACAGCAAAUGUAAAACGUCUUAUUAAUAGACAACAACAAGAUGCUCAUGAAUUAUUUCAACUUUUAUCAGAGUCAUUAAGUGUUGAAGAUGAGAUUAGUCGACGACCAAAAUCUCUCUUUGAUGUUGAUACUUUAAAAUUAUUAACUAAAAAUAACGCUAAUACCACUAUUAGUUUAACAUCUGGUCGAAACCCUCUUAUCGGGUUAACCGCAUGUCGAAUUUCUUGUAUGAAAUGUAGUUAUUGUGGGCCUAUUAGGCAUUCUUCUUUCGAUAACAUUUCAAUUCCUCUUCCAAAACAAAAUGUUGUAACUUUGGAAACACUUCUCAAAACUUAUUCUGGAAUAGAAUUUAUUGAUGAAUAUAAUUGUCCACAAUGCAGUUUAUCGGAAUCAUUGGCUGUUAUAGAAAGGCGAUUAACCAUUUCUGACAAAAAAUAUUUAAAUAAAUUGGAGGCUGAUAAGAAAGUUAUUAAAGAAGCUCUAGCUACUGAUGUUGAUUUAGAUGAUAGUAAAUUGAAAUUAAAUAUGGCUGAAUUAAUUCGUAUGAACCUUCCGGCUACAAAACAAACCAUGUUUGCAAAACUUCCUGAAGUCAUGGCAAUUCAUUUUUCUCGUUCAAUUUAUCUUCAAAAUGGGAUGACUUUAAAAAAUUCUUGUAGAGUUUUAUUUCCUGAAUUAAUAGAUCUUGCUCAAUAUACAACCACUGGGUAUCUUGCAACAAUGCCUAGCGAACCCCUUUCCUCUCCACCUGCAUCACCGACUAAUUCAUCACCUGCAUUAUCCCCAAUUUUGGCCGAAAUUAAUGACGCACAUCGUAACGUUAGUGAAGCAUUUUCCGCUGAUGCUUCAAUUUAUCGACUAAAAUCAGUAAUAGUCCAUUUGGGUGAUCACAGACUCGGUCAUUUUGUGACGUAUAGACGGCAAGAAGAUGCGCCAAAUGCUUGGUGGCGCAUAUCUGAUGAAAAUGUUGAAGAAGUUAGCUUGGCGAAAGUAUUAGAACAAGAAGCAUAUAUGUUGUUUUACGAAAAGGGUCAAAGUUGA